UUUGACGUACAGAAACUGCAGUGUGUAUCACUAGAAGAAACACUUACACCACGUUAAAGAAAGACACCAGACCUGGGAACAUGCAUCUCAUACAGGUUCUAAUGUACCUGGGGUUGAUUAUUGCGCUUGGUCCGGUGGGUCUGGGAGAUGUUGCAGCACCUUCAGUAACAACUGAAGACAGCGAGCAGUGUGCGACGUGCGAGUUCCGGCAACACAGCAAACUUAUGAGACUUCAUGCUAUCAAAUCCCAAAUUCUCAGCAAGCUUCGGCUCAAGCAGGCCCCCAAUAUCAGCCGAGACGUUGUGAAGCAGCUCCUUCCCAAAGCGCCCCCUCUGCAGCAGCUGCUUGACCAGUACGAGGUCCAUAUGGAGGAGAAAGGAGACGGGAUGGAGGAUGAUGACGACCAUGCCACCACCGAAACGAUCAUGACCGUGGGCACAGAAACGGACCCAGAGUACCAAGUAGACGGAAAGCCGACUUGCUGUUUCUUCAUAUUCAGUCAGAAGAUUCAAUCUAAUCCCAUCGUAAAAGCGCAGCUCUGGGUCCACCUUCGACCGGCAGACGAAGCAACAACUGUAUUCCUGCAAAUCUCUCGUCUGAAACGCGCAGUUGAAGCAUACAGUCUGACGCGAAUCCGUUCCCUCAAGAUUGAAGUAACUGCGGGGACCAGCUCUUGGCAAAGCAUAGACGUGAAACAGGUACUCCAGUUAUGGUUGAGACAGCCGGAGACCGACUUGGGGAUCGAAAUUAAUGCUUUGGACUCCAAGGGGAACGACCUGGCCGUCACCUCAGCGGAAUCGGGAGAAGAAGGACUACAACCCUUCAUGGAGGUGAAGAUUUCGGACACCGCCAAGCGGCUGAGGAGAGACUCAGGCCUGGACUGCGAUGAGCACUCUCUCGAGUCCCGCUGCUGCCGCUACCCCCUCACCGUGGACUUUGAGGACUUUGGCUGGGACUGGAUUAUCGCUCCCAAACGCUACAAGGCCAACUACUGCUCGGGAGAGUGCGAGUACAUGCACCUGCAGAAGUUCCCCCACACCCACCUGGUGAACAAGGCCAACCCGCGGGGCACUGCUGGUCCCUGCUGCACCCCCACCAAGAUGUCCCCCAUCAACAUGCUGUACUUCAACAGCAAGGAGCAGAUCAUCUACGGGAAGAUCCCGGCCAUGGUGGUGGACCGCUGCGGCUGCUCGUGAGCUGGCAGGAGGGCAGGGGCUGGCAGGAGGGCAGGGGCUGGCUGGAGGGCAGGGGCUGGCAGGAGGGCAGGGGCUGGCUGGAGGGCAGGGGUUGGCAGGGCCAGGUUUGCUCUCGCUCCCUCAACCUGGACUUCUGGGUUUCUGAAAGACAUCAGUGAUCUGUGCUUUCCAUUCUCCGAAAGACCUGUGCAAUAGAACCAGAAUAGCAGCAAGGUGCUGUUAGCCACCGAGCUGAGUUCCCACAUACUCCCCCCGCCCCAUACUUCCCCCCUCCGCUUUAUUGAAGACCCACAUCUCCCAUCCAGAAGCCAGAAAUGAAGCUGAUGUCCUGCAGGUGUGGUGGAAGAGUUGGAUCUGCUGGACUUGAAGGACAAACGUAGCUAGCAGCAAACAUUAAGGGCGUCUCGUGACAACAAUCUGCUCUCUUCUAUUUUGUAUCACAUUCAUGUGCUUAUCGAAACAGCUUUGACAGCCUACGUUAAACUAUCAGCGCAAAUAAUAUAAACAGUAUUACCUAACGAGCCUUAAGGACUUUUAAGAAAGGCUUAUGAAACUAGCUGAGGAGUUUAGAAUGGGGCUUUGUUUUCCAUUAACACUUAUACGUGCAAGGCUUCAUAAUCUAACUGUAAACUACAGCUUUACUAUUACAUCAUCACAUAAACGUCCCUACACACUUGAAAUAUUAUUGGAAAUCACCGUUACUGGACAGAAGGACUUGAAUUAGUGGCACAAUGAAUGCAGUCAGCACAUUGAGUUUUGUGAAAGACAGAGACACAUGAAUGUUAAAACCAUGGUCAAACUCUGUCAAAGGAAAUAGUUUGCACUAAAGCAGACCAAUAGAAAGAAUUGGUUGCUAUAAAAGUUGUAAAAAAGAAAUUUCGAUAUGUUUGCUAAUUUGUUUUGGGUACAUGCCAUGAUUUUAUUUUUUAAACCACUUUUAAGAAUUGUAUAAGAUCACAGACUAGCAAAACAUGUAUAAUAACAUAUAUAUUACACAAAUAAAGGUGCUUGCUGUUA